AUGCCGAAGACAGCUCGCACUGGAGGCCUCGCGGGCGUCCGCGUGGCGCCCGUCUCCUUCAAGCAAUGGCGGCGCUCCAUCUGCGACGAGUGGUUCGCGAGCAGCGCCGCCUUCGAGGAGCACGUGCUGCGGCGCCCCAUAUUGUUUCCAGAUGGGCUGGAGGACGCGCUGAGCCUGCGCGCGAUUGCCAUAUUCCUCCACUACGGCGUCGCUGCUCGGCCUAGCGGGUGCGCCGAGUGCGGCGGGUCGACGAAGUUCGAAGCCCGCGCCGACCGCGAGUGGAACACCUACCGCUGGUCGUGCAAGACCGUCGGGCACAAGCACUUCUGCGAACCUGUGAACUCGCACGGCUUCCUCACGAAGGUUCCUGUGAACUCGUGGAUGCCUUUCCUGUACUUGAUCAACAACCUCCGCUUGGGGCGCAACCUCGAGGACGUCCAAGACGAGAUGGCCGACCUGUUCGGCAACAUUCACAGGGGCACGAUCUCCGUUUGGAAGCAGCUCUACCAGGAAUGCCUGGGGAAAGCGCUGCCUGCGUUGGACGCCCUCAUGGUCGGCGGCAAGAAGGGGGACACCGUGGUCGUCGACGAGACGGUGAUCGGCGUCGAUAAGGCGGACGGAUGGGUGCUCGAACCCAGGAGCGCGACCAAAGGCGGGGCCACUACGGCGCGCACAGGGCCGCGCAGGACCACCAAGCUGGCGCGGAAGCAGAUCCUGAAGCGAUUGCCAGCGCGGACGGUCUACAACACCCAGCAAGUGCAGAAGGGCUCCUUCAAGCUCAAGAGCAAGCCGAUGAAGGGGCCGAUGAUGAGGCCGAUGAAGAACGUAGCCAUUCGUAAGAGGCCCGCCGCCAACUUGAAGAGCAACGGCCGCUGGCUCUGGAUCGCCGUACUCGUGGGCAACAAGUCCGACGUCUACACGCACCUGGACCCCAGGAAGAGGGUGACGCACAAGCUCCUGCCGCGCAAGGCCGACGCCCACAAUGGCGAGCCGCGGGGUCUCGAAGAGAUCAAGGAGGCUUUGGUGAGCCGCGUGCGCAAGAAGUCGAUGGUCGUGCCCGACGGGUUGGCCUCAACGCGUUCAGCCCUUGGGAAACUAGGUUCCGAGAGCCCCCCCGCGGUGGUUCACGAGGGCAACCAGUGCAGGGACAAGAAGACUGGAUUCCACACCGACGACGUGGAGUCGGAGAACGCUCGCGCCAAGGGAUGGUCACGCAAGCGUUACGGCCACCUCCACCUGAGCGAGGCAGAGAUGGACGAGUACGUCUUCUACGUCAACGCCGGCGGCGCGACGGCCAGCGUGACGCGGGGCCUGGCCGCGUCCAAUGGCUUCGUCGCGGGCAACGCGCUGGAGAGACCCCCCGCCGAGCCAGGCCUGCCCAGGAAUCACGGGCGGCCCCGGAGGCGCUGCCCGAACUUCGCGAUGGCGGAGAGCGCGGGGCUGCUGCCCGCGGACCCCGACGCCGAGGCCGACGCUGGCGCGGCGCGGGAGCCCCCCCGCAGCGCCGCGGGCUGGCGCCGGCUGGGCGCCCUCGCGCUCUGCAUCGGCGCCCUCGCCGCUGGGCUGGCGGAGGCGGGG